CUGGACCUUGACUGCUUCUUCUCUUCUUUAACAAAGACUUAGCUCCUAAGAAAUCCUACGAAACACGUAAACAAGCCCAUAAAGACUACGCUGUCUCCUUCUGUCUCUCUCGUCAGCACUUAAAGGCACAAACAAGCGUUGCCUUGUUUGUUCUUUUGUGUCUGUUAAAAACCUCCUCUCGUGUUUGUGAGAGAGCUCGUUCAAUUCAAAGGUUUGUUCAUCAAACAGUUGACAGAGCAGGCUCAUGGGGAGGAAACUUGAUGCCCUGCUUGGAAGAGGCUUCAAGCCCGCCAAGUUCAAAUCACUUAUCAGUCUUGCCAUUUCUCGUCUUUCUGUCUUCAAGAACCAGCGUCAGGUUCGCUGCAACCAGGCUCGCUCUGAUGUUGUGCAGCUCCUUGAACUUGGCCACCAUGAUCGGGCUCUUCUUAGAGUUGAGCAGGCAAUCAAGGAGCAAAAUAUGUUGGACGUGUUCGUUAUUCUGGAAGGGUAUUGUAAUCUCGUUAUUGAAAGAGUUCAUCUCAUUGAGCAAGAGAGAGAAUGCCCCGACGAGCUCAAGGAGGCAAUAUCUGGCUUGCUCUUUGCAUCUUCAAGGUGUGGAGAUUUUCCUGAGCUUCAAGAGAUUCGUGCAGUUUUCAUUUCUCACUACGGCAAAGAAUUCGCUGCUCGUGCCAUUGAGUUGCGCAACAAUUGUGGAGUGAACAAUAAGAUUAUACAAAAGCUGUCCACCAGACAACCAGACUUGCAGAGCAGAAGGAAUGUGCUCAAGGAGAUUGCUGGUGAGAAUGGCAUUGCUCUACAACUCGAGGAAACCUCUGUUUCCAGUCAGGAAAAUUCGGAUGUAAGCAAGAAGCAAAACCUGCCCAAGCUAGACACAUCAGCUAAGGCAAGUGACGAUGCAGGAGACAAUGGUGAGUUCUCUGAUUCAACGAAAGCAAGGAAAAAUUUCAGGGAUGUAGCUGAUGCAGCUCAAGCAGCCUUUGAGUCAGCUGCUUAUGCGGCAGCAGCGGCAAGAGCAGCUGUGGAACUCUCUCGGUCUGAUUCCCAUGAUCCUGAUGAUCAUAAUAGUCCCAGUAGUCAACGGAAAAUAGUGUAUGACGGAAAUGAAUCAACUUUUAAAGGUAAGGAAACUCAUCAGGGUAGUCAAGCAGAGGAGUUGAGUCAGAGCAAGAAGACACCAGAAAUCAAGACGUCUAGUCCUUCUUCAAGUGAAGGUUCAACAGAAGGAAACCUGGACUUGAGGACAAUUUCCUUGGAUGAAGUGGACCCAGUCAAGCUAUUGGAAAAGGAAGUAGUUAUUCAUGAGAGUGACGAUGAGAACUAUGAUUCCCCUGGUUGGAGUUUUGAUAUGAAGACAAGGAAGCUUAAAGACAACGUCCUAGAUACGGAUAAGGAUGAUGAGGGCUCAGAAAAAACUGGAAUGAUGUUUCAGCCCUCAUUGAAUAAGCAAAUCCCUUCAGGCCUUCAAGCUGGCUUGAAGGUGGAGACUGGACCUGAAAACCCCACAGAGCAUGCUGCUGAAAACUCAGGGAUGAAAGCUAAACGGCAUUUUACUGUAAAUAAGGGGCCAAUUUCUGUGAGGACUAGACAAGUGCGGGGGUACUGAGGACCAUGAGUAUAUUGAUUUUUUGUUUUUUUAUGUGUUGAAUUUUUUCCAGUUUGGCGAGUUGCAUCACAGCUUUGGCUGAGUCUAUAAGUUGGAUUUUGUUCUUUGAUUUUUAUUUUGUUAAUUUUCAUAAGAUGUAGACUCAAAUGGAAUUUUUUUGGAAUGAUUUUUGAAAGAUUUUGUGAAGCGAAUGAUUUUGGAAAACUACUCAAUUUCCUAACGAUAGUACUACACCUACAAUCUAAAUAUGGAGUAUCCUCCGCAAAACCAGACUGCAACACAACUUGCACAAGCUUACGACUGUAGCCAAGAGAAACCUGGGAACCAAAAUGAGGAGUGCAGACAAAGGCACAAAGGAAAAUUUAUUCAUUUGUCUAUAAUAUAAGUUAAAAACAUCAUUCACGUAUUCAGGGGGAUGGAUAUGCACACACGGGCAGACAGAGUAGUUCAAUGAAGUUUGUUUUUCUUCACAAAUAGAUAAUGGAUGUGUACUGAG